AUGUCGCGAAACGUACACUGGCGACAUCAGUCGAGCAAUAGCACGCACUCUGGCCGCAGCGCCGGCAGCGAACACUCGUAUGAAACAGCACCGACUGAAUACAGCGAUAGACGACCAUCGCUGCCGCACAGCGAGACGUGUUACGCACGAGUAGAAGGCUGCCGAGACUACUUUGUUAGCAAAGAUGAUCGCAACAAGUACUCGCAGCCAGCGCGUAGCUCUGUUGACACAUAUGUCUCGACUUCAAAUGAGGACCUCGACAACGAUGAGGAUGAAAUGCCAGAGUACGAUGUACCUCAGUACCAUCACGAACCCCUGCCAACCGACGCCAUCCCCACGACGCCGCGCGACUUCGCUCAGCUAUUCCCUACCUCCAAGCGCAUAUCCAUAAGACACGACGACGCAACAAUCGACGGAAACAUGAAUCUGCGGAUCGAUACACAGGUGGAGGAACGUCAUCAAAAGAAGCAGAACUACACACUGUAUCAUCUGCGUAUGCAAGACCUACGAACCCGUGACUUCUCUUUGCGCAGAUAUUGCCGAGAAUCUGGACGAGAGGUCUGCCAUGCUCUGCGCAAAUACCAGAAGCCACCUCAGGAGACACGGCCGAUUCUGCAGCGUGCAAGCACAGCCCUCGCCAGUUUAGUGCACAAGCCUGAGUCCCGCCCAACAACGGCGGCUGGCCUAAAGCGCUCGGACUCUGGGUACGAAUCGGUGCGGGGUCAAGCAGAAGAGGAAGAUGAGGAUCAGGAGGACUCACGUCCCAAGAGUGCAGGCUACUUCAAGGGCCGUGCACUGCUGCCUACCAACACUCUCAAGCUUGAAUUCUCUAACUAUGCACACAUGGAGGUCAAGAGGAGAGGUACGAAGUCGAACAAGAAGUACGCCUUCGAACAUUGGGGUAGUGAUUACUCUUGGAAACGUAUAGUCAAGAAGGAUCGUGAGCAGGAGACAGUAUCGUAUUACCUUAUUCGGGACGACAAUGACAAGGAACCGUUGGCGCACAUCUGCCCGGUCCGCCUGACACAGGCCGAGGCGCGUGAGGAGCAAGCACGUGGAGGAUGGGUACCUCCAAGCUAUUUGCGAAUUACCGAUGACAAGAUCCUGCGAUCGCAAGGGGACAUCGCUGACGUCGUCGUUGCCACAGGCCUCAUGGCCCUUGUGGACGAUUGCAUAAAGCGCCGCUUCUCCUCGAAGCAGAAUGCUCAGUUGCACAUCCCGCUCAUCCGGAGCGCUUCACUGAAAAUGAACAUGGAAUACAUUGGUCCCAAACGACUCAUUGAUGAGAUGUUCAGCCGGAACACUCGCGGCGGGAGUCCAAGCAAACAACCGUCAGCGUUACGCCGUAUCCCCGUACCAGCUUAG